AUGAUGACAGACUUUCGAAGUUGUCAACAACAAUAUACUGAUAAUACAUUGAUACCACCAUCAACAUCGAGUUCUAUUCCAUCUUAUGGUACUUAUUUUCAUCCCAAUAUUGGUUAUAAUACAACAAAUGAAUUAGAUGGACAAUAUCCUCAAUUUACAUCUUCAUAUACAUCACCAUUUUAUCAUCAUCAUCAUCAUCAACAACAACAACAACAGCAACAACAAUCAUAUGAUUUUGAUUCAUCUUCUUCUGCUUCAUUUAUACCACAUUAUUCAACACUUCAACCAGUUAAUUCAUCUUAUACAUCUUUUUCACCAACAUCUGAACAUAGUCCUGAUAAAUCUCUUAAUUAUUUUUAUUCAUCAAUACCAUUACAACAAACAACACUUUCAUCAAGUUCAACAACUGAAUCACGUUCACCAUCGAUUCAUUCAUGUGAUGAUGAAUCAAAUAUAACUAUAACACCAAAUAAAAAUGAUAUUCAUACAGAAUCACCUAAUAAUAAUAAUGGUUCAUGUGAUGGUACACGUCGUUGUUUAUUAUGGGCAUGUAAAGCAUGUAAACGUAAAACAGUAACUGUUGAUCGACGAAAAGCAGCAACAAUGCGUGAACGUCGACGUCUAAGAAAAGUCAAUGAAGCAUUUGAAACAUUAAAACGACGUACAUGUCCUAAUCCAAGUCAACGUUUACCUAAAGUUGAAAUUUUACGUAAUGCUAUUGAAUAUAUUGAAAAUUUAGAAGAUUUACUUCGUUCAUCUGGAAUUAGUUCAAGAUCAUUAAGACAUGAUUUAGAUAAUCAAAAAUCAAAUAUUAAUGAAUUGUUAAAACCAAAAUCUUCAAUGAUAAAUUACAGUGAAAAAUAUGAUAAUGUAACUACAGAUUAUAAUAGUAAUUCAGCAACACCAUCUGUCUAUGAAACAAUUGAUAAUUAUACUGAAGUGGUAUUAGCACAUCAUACAAGAUCAUCAACAAUAUCAAGUCUUGAUUGUUUAUCAAUGAUUGUUGAAAGUAUUGAUCCAAAUAAAAUUGUUAAUUCAUCGAAUGGAAUAUCGAACAUAAGAACUAUAUCUGAUUCAUCGAAAUUUAAUCGAACAUAUAUGAUAUUCGUUUCUAAAGAUGUACCAAUAGGUCAUACACAAAUAAUUGAUACAUAUGAUUUAUCAUUUUGUUUAAUUUUUUCAAUGAAUACAACUUUUUCUCUUUAUAAUAAUUUACCAUUUGAAAUUUUAUUAAUACAAAAUAAAAAUUGUACAUUAUAUUUACAUGUUAUUGAUUUAUUAUAUCAUAAACAUAUAUCAAUAUAUACAAUUCAACAAGAAUUAAUUUAUGAAAAUAUUUCAAUUAUUAUUCAUUUAUCAAUUAAUAUUAUUGAUAUUAAUAAUAACAUAUUAGAAUUUGAAAAUAAACAUUAUCAUUUUAUUGUACAAGAAAAUAUUCUACCAGGAACAUUUAUUGGACGUGUACAAGUUUAUAAUACACAAAUUUUCUUUAAUACUAAUAUUUUCUAUAUAUUAUUUGGUAAUGAUCUUAUACAAUUAGAUAAUCAAAUAAUGUUUCGUAUUGAUAAAGAUACAGGAGAUAUAUUUCUAUUUGAUUAUAAACUUAAUUAUGAAAUAAAACAAGAAUAUAAAAUUAAGGUUGAAGCAAAAGGUUAUUAUAAAGAUAUUGAAACUGCUAGAUGGAUAUCUGUAUCAUCAUUUGCAGAUAUUAUUAUUACUGUUGAAGAUAUAAAUAAUGAAAAACCACAAAUUAUUGUUACUAUGCCAGAUGAAAAUAAUAUGAAAAUUAUGAGUAUAUCAGAACCACAAUUAAAUGAAGAACAAAAUCGUUUCAUAAAUUCAUUUCGUUCAAGUAUAAAUCUUAUUGAAAACGAUGCUGAAAUAAUUUCUUUAACUAAAGAAGAAUCUUUACCAGUGAAUACCCUUCUUGCAUUACUUCAUUUAUAUGAUAAAGAUCAAAUAUCAAAUGAAAGUUUAUCACUUAAUUUACAAACAUAUAUUCAAUGUUCACGAGAAGAAAUUUUCAUAAAUAAUAGAACAUUUUGUCAUAUAUCAAAUUUUUUUCAUUUAACUAUUGUUCGUCCUAAUGUCUACGGUUUAUUUAAUUCUCAAAUAUUAGAUCGUGAACAAUAUGAAAAUUAUAUAAUACAUUUAAUGGUCAACAAUGAUAAUCAAUCAAUAGAAAUGAAUACAAUAUCAAAUUCAUUUCAAUCAGAAUUAUUUAUUUAUUUAAUACUUCUUGAUGUAAAUGAUAAUGUUCCUAUAUUUAAUCAAACUUAUUUUUAUAUACAAAUCAAUGAAAAUCUACCGAGAAAAUCAAUUAUAACUCGUUUACAUGCAUAUGAUAUUGAUAAAGGUAGAAAUGGAACUGUUCAUUAUGAACUUAUUGUUAAAAAACAACAAUUUUUUUCAAUUGAUAAAUAUUCAGGAAUUUUACGUACUAAACGUAAACUUGAUAGAGAACAAUGUGAAUGGUAUCAUAUUGGUAUACGUGCAUAUGAUCUUGGUUAUCCAAUACAAAAAUAUUCAUCUAUAGUUAUAGUUGAUGUACAAAUUAAUAAUAUCAAUGAUCAUGUUCCAUAUUUUACACAUGAUAUCUAUCAUUUCAAUAUAGAAGAAAAUACACCGAUAGGAAAAAUAGUUGGAAGAUUGACUAUUGAAGAUAAAGAUGAAGAAGAACCAAUUGAACAAAUGAUUAAUUUAUCAUCUAUUGAUGAUGGAAAUACUAUAAAAUUUAAUUCAAGUAGAUCAAAUAGAAUACCACGAACUAAUUAUUCAAUGAUUGAUUUUCUAUUUCUUGAUUCAUAUCGAAAUAAAUCUUUAUCUGGUUUAUUUUCUAUUGAUUCUCAAGGUUAUAUUCAUACAUUAGUUAUAUUUGAUCGUGAAUAUCAAUCAAAUUAUACUUUUUAUAUAUUUAUAUAUGAUAGAAUAUUAAAAUCUUAUACAUUUCCAACAUAUAUAAUUAUUCAUAUACUUGAUGAAAAUGAUCAUAUACCAUAUGAACCAUUUCUUUCAAAUUCAACAAUUUUAUCAAUUGAACAAAUAAAUAAUGAUGAAACAAUUCUAUAUAAAUUUCAACCUAUUGAUCUUGAUAAUGGACUUAAUGGAUUUGUUUCAAUUGAAUGUCUUAAUUGUUUAUCAAUAUAUUAUUUUUAUAUUAUAAAUUCAUCAACAUUAAUAACACGACGUUAUAUAAAAAUACCCGAUGGAAUAUAUAUAUUAAAUAUUAUGUUGCAUGAUCAUGGUUUAAUUAUAUCACAUAAACAAUUUUAUACAUUAACAAUUAAUUUAACACAUUCUUUAAAUUUUAAACAAAAAGAAAAUUUAUUUUCGAAAAAAUUUUUCUAUAAAUAUUUUUUAUUAGAAUUUUCUUGGUAUUAUUUUAUUUUAUUUCUUAUUAUUUGGUUUAUACUUAUUCUUAUGGCUUUAUGGAAAUGUUAUCAUUAUGAUCGAAUAUCAAUUAAUAAACAAAUUUAUCAACAUAAAAUAAUUAUAAAAAUACAAAAUAUUCUAAAUUCUAUCUAUCAAAUAAUAUCCAAUAAUCGAAAUUUCUGUAAUAACGAUGUGUCAAGCAACUUGAACUCAAUUCCUAUUCGAAAUUAUUCUACACAAAUAACACUUCGUUCCACAAGUUUUUCACGAUUAUACAAUUUUAGUUCAUCUUGUCAAGUAUCAUUAUCAAUGAUGAAUUCAAGAGAAACUAUUUUGACUGAUCCCGCAACAAAUGCAUCCUAUCAUGAAGAUAAUAAUGAUAUUUGGCAACCUAUGAAUACUAACAAUCGAAUAUUAUAUGAAAAGACAAGUACUAUUUUGCAUAAUAAAAAUUAUUAUUUUGAACCAAUCGAUCGUGAUUUUUCAACAAAUAUAACAACAUCGAAAAUAAAUCAUUCACAUUUAAUUCAACGACCUGUACCUAUUUCAAACUAUCAAUUAAAUACACUAAUGGAACAUUCACAACAACAACAACAAUACUUUUUACAAACAAAAACAAAUUCAACAAUGAAUAUUAAUCCAUCAAAUAUUGAUUCAACAAUUCAAUCAUAUGCAUUACCUCGUUCAAUAACAACAGAUCAAUUUUCAAAUAAUAAAAAUUCUAAAAAUAGAUUAUAUUAUUAUCCUAGUGUACAAGAUGUACUUGAUGCUUUAAAUCGAGAUUCAAAUUUUAAAGAAUCAUUUGUUUGA